UCCAACUCUGAAAGAUUCAGGGGAGGAAGGGAAGCUUUCUACCUGAACAUCCCUGAUAUAAACAGGAAAUGAAGACAUCACUCACUGUGCUUGGAACGGGGAAAUUGUUCUGGGGCUUCUUCCUAAUUCCUCAUGUAAGCAUUUGGAGUAUCAAUGGAGACAAGUCAUGUGAUAUAAGACUUUACAUUAAGAAAUAUUCCAUGUAUGUUGUAUCAUCAGGGGACCCAUUUGAACUGGAAUGCCCUAUGAAAUAUUGUGCUAAUAGACCUGCUGUGACCUGGUGCAAGCUUGAAGGAAACAAUUGUUUACAUCUUGGUGACAGACUUCAGGGGUCUAUGGGUUGGGAAGAAAGGAAGCUUAUUUCAGUUUUUAUUUUGCAUUUUAAUCAAGUGCUUGCUAGUGACAGUGGGUCAUACCGCUGUUUUGUGAACUCUUCAUCUGGAUUCAUUGAAAGCCACUCAGUUACCAUUAAUGUGACAGAUACAAAGAAUGCCUCAAGACCGCUCUCCAAGGAAGAGAUGGUAGACCGACAAUGGAUCCUUUAUAGUUUGCUUCCUUUGGGGGCUUUACCUCUGCUUAUUACCUGUUUCUACCUAUUCUGCUGCCUUAGAAGGCACCGAGGGAGACAAAAGAAGCUUUCUAAUUCAACAGGAAGGGAUACCAACCUGGUUGAUGUCCCCCAAUUCUUUAAGAGUGAGCCAACUGAAGUCAACAUCACGGAAAGUUCCCAAACAUUGCAUUUGGAAACUGGAAUUUAUGAUAACGACCCCUGGUUUAGGGUCCGGAGAGAGUCUGGGGUUUAUUUUAACCUAAGCCUGGAAGAAAACAAACAGGGCAUUGUUUAUGCUUCCCUGAAGCAUUCGGUCAUUGGAAUGAACCCAAGACAGGCAACAAAUGUGCAAGAAGCACCUACAGAGUAUGCAACCAUAUGUGUGAGGAGUUAAAUCUGGUCCUGAUCUCCCACCAGUGAUCAGCAACUGAUCCGUCAGUCAGCACUACUACUGAAGACCAACAGAAAGUCAAACAAUGGUCCUUGGCUUGAGAAGUUUCACUUUCAGGAGGUUCACCUUGCUGCUUGGGUCUUAAACAUCCACAGGACGAAUGACUAAAAUUUCUCCCAGAAACUUUUUUGGGAACUUUUUAUGUUUAUAGCCUUGGGCAGUAAAAUCUUUUUUCCAAAGCCAAAUGAUGUCAUUUUUAGACAUCAUUUUUAGACCCAGCUACAUUUAACCUGAUACACAAGCUCAAUAUUUUCUUUGGGACUACAGAGAAUGUAGGACAGAAAGGUUUAGAUUCUCUAGAUCAUUUCACUACAUACUCUUGUAAAAGAAGUCCCAAUUCAGAUAACUAAACAUAAAUACGGUGAUGAUUGUGUGUUUGUUUCCAGUCUUUCAUAAUAAGAAAAUUUUAUCAAUCUAAUAUUGGUAUUUCUUAAAUGUAAAGGAGAAAUAAUUUUAAACUUGAUGAUAUAAGAAAAGAAUGGAAAGAAUAAAUGAUGCAAUAAAGAUGUGGAAUAUACCAACUGGAUACAGGGUACAUGUUCCCCAUGCCUGACAAGCAAAUGCUUAUAUCGAUCCUGUUAGAUUACUAAGCAAAUAGAGGUAGUAAAUAUAGCAAUUAAUGUAUGAUGCAUUUGUAAAGUGACUGUGAGUGGGUAACAUAGACUAAUAUAUAUGAAUGUGACAUAAUGCUACUGAGUUAUUACAUUGGGACAAAAGUAAUUGCAGUUUUGAACUGUGAAUUUUGAAUCAUUAUAACUAGGUUCAAAGACAUCUUUAUUAGUCAGAAUAGGAGCCAUUACAAUCAACACGUUUUUGCCAACAAGAAAUAAGUUUGUUUAUUCCUGUAGCACAAAAUUCAUACUUCAGGAUUUGACAACUCUUGGAAAGGAUUUUCUGCCUACUGCUGGUUGUGGAAGCAUUUUCCCUGCAAAAUAUUGUCCAGAUGCUUGAAGAAGUGGUAGUCAGUUGGCGAGAGGUCAGGUGAAUAUGGCAGAUGAAGUGAAAUUUCAUAGCCCAGUGCAUUCAACUUUUGAAAUGCUGGGUGUGCGACAUGUGCUUAGGCAUUGUCAUUGAGAAGAAUUGGGUCCUUUCUGUUGACCAGUGCUGGCUACAGGAGUUGCAGUUUUCUGUGCAUUUCAUUGAUUUGCUGAACAUACUUCCCAGAUACAAUGGUUUUGCCAGGACUCAGAAAUCUGUAGUGGAUCAGACCAGCAGCAGGCCACCAAACAGUAACCAUGACUUUUUUUUUUUUUGGUGCAAGUUUAGCUUUGGGAAGUGCUUUAGAGCUUCUUCUUCAUCCAACCACUGAGCAGGUCAUUGCUGGCUGUCAUAUAAAAUCCAGUUUCUGUUGCACGUCACAAUCUGAUUGAGACAGUUCUCAAUCGUUAACAUUUUGUUAUUGUUGCACAGAGUAAGAGAAGACGACUCUUCAAAAUAAUGAUUUUUUUUUAAUUUGCAGCCUGCUUAUGAGGCACUGACUUAUAGAGCAUUGUCACCUUUCCAAUUUGCUUCAAAUGCCAAGUGACCAUAGAAUGGUCGACAUUGAGUUCUUUGGCAACUUCUCCUGUAGCUGUAAGAGUAUCAGCUUCAAUGCUUGCUCUCAAUUGGUCGUUGUCAACUUCCAACGGCCAGCCACUAUACUCAUCUUCAAGGCUCUUGUCUCCUUUGCAAAACUUCUUGAAUCACCACUGCACUGUACAUUUGCUACCAGUUCCUGGGCCAAAUGCAUUGUUGAUAUUGUGAGUUGUCUCUGCUGCUUUACGUCCUAUUUGAACUCGAAU